CUGCCAUCGUCGUCGGUCGUGUCAGUCAGAUUAGUUUCAACCUCCGAUCGGGCGGGUCAGCCAGCCGUGUGCCGCCGCAGCCUCUCUCGCGUGCCUAGUGGUCGUCGUCGUCGUCGUUUUCGUCGAGUGUGUAACGCUUGGAUUCGCGACGAAUAAGACUUCGAUUCUAAUCUGACUGACCUGAGCGGGGUUACAGUGUUGCGUAAAGGUUAUUCACACGAAGCUCCGCAGAAGAAACGAAAAGCUCAAUUUACAACUGCACAGGAAAGUUAUUGUGAUAUACAGAUCAAACGGAUGGAGAAGUGAGAGGAAAACAGCAGUGAUGUGAAGUCUGUGUGUGCCAAAGUCGUUUAGCAAACAGAAGCAUUUCUACGUAUAGUGUACAAGUGCAAUAUACCUACCUAGCUAAGUAUCGAAAGCGAAAGCCAGGAAAAUCAGUGAUAAAAGGGAAAAAUGUGCCAACCAAGUUGCCAAAACGGAAUCAAGGAAAGUGCUUAAAUUAGGGUUUGAGAAGAUUUUCUCCAUUCUUCUUGCCGGUUAAGAAGGAAAAGGGGGAAAAGCUUCGCAUGUACGUUGUACAUAGAUACCGAAAGGGGCGCUGCAUAACGAGUCUAAAGGAAAACUUCGCAACGACAAGCUGCUUCAGCAAAAUCAUUCUUAGUCGUACUAUCAACAACGUGGUGCUUCCAAGAUGACCCUGCCAGACACACUGAAUCCCGGCCCGGAGGUCGUCGAUCAGCUGCGGCAAAUGUUCAAGCAGAAAAUGGAGCAAAAUGCGGCGAAAAUCCCUGUCGGAGGAUUUGACGAGCGCGAUAUGAACAAAAUAAUGGCCAACGAUGUAUGGUUAACCAAAUUUUUGGAGAACAAUGAUCUCGACAUGAAGAAAUCCCUCGAACAACUGUGGGAUACAUGCAUGUGGCGAAAGACAGCCAAUAUCAAUGAAAUCAGCGAGGACAACAUUCGGUUAGACUACGUCCACGAUGGGAUCAUGUUCUCCCGGGGGAAGGACGUCGACGGCAAGGCAGUGUUCAUCUUUCGGUCUAGACUGUAUACCCGGGGUUCCCGUGACCUGGACGAAAUGAAACGAGUGUUCAUAUAUUGGCUGGAACGAUGCAUACGGGAGGCCAAUGACGACUACAUUACCUUCAUGUUCGAACUUACCGACGCAGGGCUCAGUAACGUAGAUAUGGACCUAACGAAGUACAUUAUCACUACGCUCAAGAGCUACUAUCCAUAUUCCUUGAAUUACAUCCUAGUGUAUGAUCUUCCAUGGAUACUUAAUGCUACAUUCCAAAUCAUCAAAAGACUACUUCCUGCCAAGGCCGUUGAUAGAUUAAAGAACAUAAAUAACAAAAACAUUCGGGACUACAUCGACGAGGACUACAUGCUAGUGCCAUGGGGUGGAAAGGAUGACUAUGAGUUUAAAUUUAUCCCGGAGCAGCGGCAGCCAGAGCCAUCACUACUUAACAACAACAAUAACUUCGUCAACCAUAACAACAAUAGCAUCAAGAAGGUUCACUUUGCAAACCUUAGUUCUUCCGAGUCUCCUAUGAACGAAUCGGCUAACUCCAACCACGGCAACACAGACGGAGAGAUGUUACGAAUAAUUCCUCAGAAUAAUAUCGUAUUCACAAAAUCCGGAAAUGAACUAGUUGGGAAUGUCGAAAUCAUCAACAUACAUAAAGAACCAAUCACAUAUAAGAUCAAAACGACAGCUCCGGAGAAGUUUCGGGUGCGGCCCAGCACUGGAGUACUGUCUCCGUCUGCCACUGUCACUAUCAAUGUAGUGCUGCAGCAUGGCCAUCAGGUCAUUACUCUGAACCGGGAGAAGUUCUUGGUAAUGUGUAUGGCGUUCACAAAUGACUUGUCCACCAGUUCGCAAGAUUUGGCCGACCUGUGGAAGAACACACCUGCAAGCAGUGCCUCGGUUGAACAACAUCGGCUCAAGUGUUUCAUGCCUGCGAACCUCGAUGAUGGCAGUUUGCGGAACGGAUUGCCUCUACAAGCUGGCGCCGGAGCUGGCGAUAUGCUAGGUGCUACUGCCGGAUAUGCCGGCAGUGGAGGUGAUAGAAGUGACUUUUUCCACUUCCAGCAGGCCAUGGCUCAGUUGAACGAAACAACCCAACGGCUAGAAACGCAAGCCAAGCACAAUCAAAGGACGCAAAUCAUUUCCAUCGUUGUGUUCUUGCUGCUCUCCAUAGCCAUUGUGUACAUUCUGAAAGCGGAGAUCAAAAGCUCUGUCGGACAGUAUCAUUAGAAUUAGCGAGGAUGGGGUGAAUAUCGCUGGUAGCGAAACUGCAUUAUCGGGUGAAGUUUUUAUAUCUUAAACUGUAGCAUGCCUAGUUUUUUUUUCCUGUAAGCCUUUGAACCAAGGGCAAAUUAGCAAACUUUUUUUUUCUUAUGUAGCAGAGUAAUAUCGUCUUGUGAAACUUAAGUGCAUGCUAGAUUCAUUAUGAUCAUAUUAAAUAUGUUUCAUCCAUAACAACUUACCUUUGUUUAUUUAUGUUUCCUUAUUCUAUCCAAAACAAUUGCAUGCUAUAGUUGGUAUGGCCCUGUUACACAUUAGGUUUGUUGUACAAAAUACUUUGAUGCCUUUUAAUUUAUUAUCAUAAGAUAUUUUAGGUUACUCAACAUAAAAGUUUAGCGAGUUUUCGGAAUGUAUCAUUUGAUAUCACAAUAAAAUGCCAAGCAUCUAAAAAUAA